AUGCGCUCUCCGGUCGCAGUUGAGCGACAGGAGAUUGUUGAUUUCAUUCGUGGCUUUGAUACGUGUGUGGUGUUUCAUCUGAGCCCGUCUAAACUGGGCGACGUGAUGGCCGGAGUGCGAGAGAAGUUGGAUGGCAUGCUUCUGACAUACAGCGAGGACCACGACGGCGUUGUGCUGUCGUACCGAGGGGAGCGCACGGCCGAGGCGACGGCCCCCGUGGGCAGCUACUUCCCGUACGUGCGCAUCCCCGUCCACGUGCACCUCGAGGUGUUCCGGCCGUCGCCGGGGGACGUCCUCGCCGGCGUCGUCAACAAGGUCGGCCCGGACUACUUCGCGGUCCUGGUCGCGGGCGCCUUCAACCUCGUCAUUCCCGCCAGCGAGAUGCCCCGGGGCAUGCGGUGCGACGAGCUGGCGAUGGAGUGGGUGUCCCCGACUGGGGUGCGGCUGGGCGUGGGCGCGAGGGCGGCGGGCGAGGUGACGCAGAUCCUGGUGGGCGAGGGGCACUUUAGCAUGGUGGCGUCGUAUCGGGAGGGGGCUGUGGCGAGGAAGGCGGUGGUGGAGAAGGAGGGGGGGGUGCGGGCGCACGGGGGGAAGAAGGAGAAGAAGGACAAGAAGGACAAGAAGGACAAGAAGGACAAGGUUCGGGCGGGCAAGGGGGGCGAGAAGAAGGCGAAGCGGCACAAGUCCGACAAGCACAGCUAG